AUGUCGGAAACCCAAUUCACCGAGACGACCGGAAUGUGUACUUCGCCGACUCGAACAUGGUUCGAUCGUUUCUGUCUUGUGCAGAGACUGGCAGAUCCCAAAACUCACUCCCCAUGGCAGAAGCAUGCCAUCACCAUGGUAGUCACUACAAUGGCCUUCACUGCACCCUUUGCCUCCUGCAUCCUCUUCCCGUCCUUCACCACCCUCGUCGAUUAUUUCCAUACAACUGAGACCAAAGUCGCCCUGACGACGACCGUCUUCCUCCUGGGUCUAGCAGUUGCUCCAUUGUGGUGGAGUACAUUAAGCCAGGAGUACGGUCGCCGACCAGUGCUCGUAUUCAGCUUCCUUCUCUCAACGGUCGCCGUGAUCGUCUGUGCCGUGUCAAAUUCACUCCCAUUGAUCAUCGUCUUUCGCCUCAUUGAGGCACUGGGCUGUUCAUCUGCACAAAGUGUCGGAGCGGGUGUCAUUAGCGAUAUUUAUAUUUCCACUGAAAGAGGAUCAGCGCUAGGAUGGUUCUACCUUGGCACCUUGAUCGGACCUUUGAUUGCUCCGAUCAUUGGAGGUGCCCUUCAAAUUUGGCUUGGCUGGCGAUCGCCGCUUUAUUUCAUGGCCAUCUUCACAUUCAUUACCGCAAUCCUCACGAUGUUAUGUCUCCCUGAGACGUUGAUCAAAGCUUCCACUGAAGACCAGGAGGAAAAGCUUCAGUGGCACCAAACAGCAAAGCGUGACUUGCUGGCCCCAUUGCCAAAGUUGAAAUUCCUGUUGGUGCCGUCGAUAUCUUUGACAAUCGCCUAUGUGAGCAUAUGUUUCGCCAGUCUCUAUUGUUUCAACACGACUCUUCCUUAUGCGUACGCGGCGCCACCUUAUAAUUUCUCUGCCAUUGAGACUGGACUCUGCUACAUCAGCAAUUGUCUUGGUUACGCGAUUGGAAGCGUCGUCGGUGGAAAAUUGAGCGACGCCAAGCUGCUCAAAUACCAGGAGACGCAUGGUGGAGAGAUUCGCCCGGUCGAGAGAAUCAGGACCGUAUGGUACGGUGUUGGCUUCGUCCCCGCUGGCCUGAUCAUCUAUGGCUGGCUGGUCGAAAAACAGGUCUUCUGGGUCGCCCCUCUGGUUGGAGCAUUCCUGUUUGGACUAGGACUCAUGCUUGUCACCUCGACCAUCAUGCCCUUCCUGGUGGAUAUCAAACCGGGGGUGGGUGCUUCUGUUGUGGCUGAUUUGAACUUGGUUCGGAACGUUCUGGCCGCUAUUGGCACUGUUUUGUCUCCAAUUGCAGUCACAAAUAUUGGAUUCGGAUGGUGGAUGACCAUUAUGGCCCUUCUAUGCUCCUUGGCGGUCUUUUUGAUCGUGAUUGUUAUCUGGAAGGAAGGGGCUGAGAAGAAGCCAGACUCAGAAUCUGUUGUGUGA